AUGCCUGAAUUUAAGGUAUUGAUAACAGAACAUGGUGACUUGGGAAAUGGAAAGUUUUUGGAUCCAAAAAACAGAAUCUGUUUCAAAUUUGAUCACCUAAGAAAGGAAGCAACUGAUCUAAGACCCUAUGAAGCAGAAAACGCGAUUGAAUCCUGGAGAACUUCAGUAGAAACUGCUUUGCGAGCUUACGUAAAAGAACAUUACCCAAAUGGGGUCUGCACUGUGUAUGGUAAAAAAAUAGAUGGACAGCAAACCAUUAUUGCAUGCAUAGAAAGCCAUCAGUUCCAAGCAAAAAACUUUUGGAAUGGUCGUUGGAGAUCAGAGUGGAAGUUUACAAUCACUCCUUCCACCACUCAAGUGGUUGGUAUCUUGAAAAUUCAGGUUCAUUAUUAUGAAGAUGGAAAUGUUCAGCUAGUGAGUCAUAAAGAUAUACAAGAUUCCCUAACAGUGUCUAACUUGUUCCAUUCUUUUUAUUUGCUUUAAACUUCUGACUACUAUUUUUUACAGACUGCCAUCAGUGAGAAUUACCAGACAAUGUCGGACACUACUUUCAAAGCCUUACGUCGACAGUUGCCAGUUACACGCACUAAGAUUGAUUGGAACAAGAUCCUUAGCUACAAGAUUGGCAAAGAGAUGCAGAAUGCAUAA